AUGAUGUACCCAGCGAUCGAGCGAGCUAGGGAGCAGUUCCUCCAGCGCGGAUGUCGGGGCCAAGUGUCCACUGGCCGUGAAAGCGGCAAUCCGCCAACAGCGCCCCCCCUAAUGCUGUCUUCAUCGUCCAGGACAACGAGAACCCCCUUCAUGUAUGGCGAACAGUCGUUGACCACACUCGGGGAGUGUCUCGAGCGCGAUUUGCAAGGGCUGCAUGCCGCGACCACAACCUCCCUAUGCGAAGUGGAAGCAAUGUUUGGCGAGCUUGUGUCGAUGAUGGCCCAGUCGCCCCGAACUUCCAUUGCAUUGCAUUGGCCCGAUGGAAAAGCUAACGCAAACCAACGCUCCCUUCCGACCGACGCUUCCACGACGGUAGCAGUUAACGACAAGGCAACAUGCACAUCGAGCAAUCAAUUGGAGACCAAGGCGACCCAGACGUCGGAACCACAAGUGGCAUGCGUGUCGACUGUGGAUCUCACGCACAUCAACCUCCAAAUAAGUCUCGAGCAGUGCUUGUCCCGGCAGUUGCGGCGCAACAAACUUAGCGCAUUGGGUGAACGCAUGAAGUUACGCUGCGUGGUGCUUACCUGGAGAAAGGUUCAACUUAGUCGAAUGCAAUGGGCAGAUCGCGCCGCAGCUGCAUGCGCCGCGGUAGCCUGUCCAACAGAAGAAGACACUUGGAUGCAUGAGAUACGUGAAAGGGACGGCAAGUAUGGAAUGGCGAAGGCCGCGCAUGCCCGACGGACAUGUCGCCGGGUGUUAAUUGCAUGGUUUCGCAUUUUGGCGGGACGAAAGGCCGAAGGGUUUUGUUAA